CGCCUAAUAUGGAGCACACCCUGGGCGAAUGUCGCUGAAAGUCAGCAUCGCUGCCACUCCUCCUGCAGGAAGGGCGCAGCCCACAGAGAGCUACCUCCAUAGCUGUACUCGGCAAAAACGAUGGCUGUUAACCUCAGCAAAAAUGGCCCUGCGUUAACAGCUGCCUAUAAAGAAGUAGUGGAUGAAAAAUCCGACACGAACUGGGCCUUGUUCACCUACGAGGGAAACAGCAAUGACAUUCGCCUGGUAGAAAAAGGAGAUGGAGGCCUGGAGGAGCUGGUUGAGGAGCUCAACAGUGGAAAAGUGAUGUAUGCUUUCUGCCGGGUCCAGGAUCCCAAUUCCGGUCUGCCGAAAUAUGUCCUCAUCAACUGGACCGGAGAGGGUGUGAAAGAUGCCAGGAAGGGAAUAUGUGCAAACCACGUCAGCGCCAUGGCCAAUUUCCUCAAGGGGGCCCAUGUCACCAUCAAUGCCAGAGCAGAUGAGGAUGUGGAGCCUGAGGCGAUCAUGCAGAAGGUGGCCAAAGCUUCAGGAGCAAACUACAGCUUCCACAAGGAAGCCUCCAACCGCUUCCAGGACAGCGGCCCUCAGGGGCCCGUGGGUUCAGUGUACCAGAAAACCAACGCCAUGUCAGAAAUAAGGAAGACCAAUAAAGACAACUUCUGGGCACAGGCAGAGAAAGAAGAGGAGAAGCGUCGCCUGGAGGACCGUCGCAAGGCCGAGGAGGAGCGCCAGAAGCUGGAGAGGGAGAGGAAAGACCGAGAGACCAAAGAGGCAGCGCAGAGGGACAAAAGGGACAAGGAGAGAUCUUCUCAAAUCGAUCAACAAAAGAAGUAUCAACAGCAGCUGGAAGCUGAGAGCAAAGAGCAGGAAAAGCAACGCUGGGAGGAGCAGCAGCAGCAGAACGAUGCAGCUCAGAGGAAAGCAGUCAGGAGAGGCGACUCUGUGGAGAAAGCCAACGAAGCGGCUUCUCUGAUCUCUCAGCGCGCCGUGAACCCCAGGGAAAUGUUCAAGCAGCGGGAGCGAGGAGUGACUCCCAGCGACUCGGACGCUCCCUCUGCUGCCCCCGACAGCCCUCAGCCAGGGCGACUUCGAAGCCCUUUUCUGUCUAAGCAAGCGUACGAAUCUGAGCGAGCCGGCUCACCUCCGCGCCAAGCUUCUCCUUCUCCUGUGCCAGCUGCUGUUGUCCGUGCCACAGAGCCGGAUUUGAAUGAUGAUCAGGCCACAUUUGAGAAAGAUGAGCAGGAGCAGGAGACUCCUCCCCAGGAAGAGAGGAAAGAGGAGGCACCAGCUGCUAACUCGUAUGUUGAAGAAACACCUUAUGAAGAGCCUGCCCAGGUCGAUGAGAGCAACAAUUAUGAAAUGACUGUAGAGGAAACGUCAGACAGAGGAAUCUGUGCCAGAGCGUUAUAUGACUAUCAGGCUGCCGACGGCACCGAGAUCUCGUUCGACCCGGACGAUGUCAUCACCGGCAUCGAAAUGAUCGACGAGGGCUGGUGGCGGGGAUUCGGUCCGGACGGCCACUUCGGGAUGUUCCCGGCCAAUUACGUGGAGCUGAUGUAGCCCGGCGGAUCGUCGGCGUCUGUCUCUCCUGAGGACUUUUGCAGUUUAAAAAAAAAAAAAAAAGUCAGUCCUCACACACUCCUAGAUCAGGCUGAAAAUGAACAAAGCGAGUCUCCGCAUCCCCCGGACCAAUGAGCAUGGUAACUGUGGGCCAGGUGUUUUUUUUUUUUUCUUUUUAAAUCUUAGAGCGCAGUUCUAAUUUGUUGAUACUGUAAGCAGCUGAUGGCGUCGUUUAUGGAUUUGUGAAGACCCGUAGACCCGACCCGAAGCUUCCUCGUCCUCUCUCUGC